AUGUGCAGCUUAGAGAAGAAAGGAAACAUCUACAUCCUCACUCUAACAGAUCCAGGGGAGCACCGUCUCAACCCAGACCUAAUCGAUUCCAUCCGAUCCGAUCUAUCAACCCUCAAAUCCCACCCACCAUCCUCUCCACCUUCAAUUCUAAUCACUACCAACCACGGCAAGUUCUUCUCCAACGGAUUCGACCUCUCAUGGGCCCAAUCCUCCUCACCGCGCCUCAAGCUCAUGUCUUCCAAAUUCCAAUUGCUCGUAUCCGACCUGAUCUCGCUCCCCAUGCCGACCAUCGCCGCCGUCACGGGCCACGCGGCGGCGGCCGGGAUGAUCCUGGCCUUGGCCCAUGACUACGUGGUGAUGAGGAAAGACAGAGGUUUUAUGUACAUGAGCGAGGUCGAUAUUGGCCUGGUGAUACCCCAAUGGUUCGUGGUCCUGUUGGAGAUUAAGAUUGGGCGCGGGAAGGUAUUACGGGAGGUUGUUAUGGGGGCCGAGAAGCUGACGGCGGAGAUGGCGGUGGAGAGAGGGCUCGUGGGUUCUGUGGGGGAAGGUCCGGAAGGGACUGUUGAUGCUGCGGUGGAGCUGGGUGAGCGGAUUUUGAAGCGGAGGUGGGACGGUGGAGCUUUUGCGAAGAAUAGGAUGGUGGUUUUGAGGGAUGUUUUGAAGGCAAUUGAACGAGAACAGAGCAUGGAGGAGAAGGCAAGUCAGAUUUCAUCGAGAAUGUAA